AGAUUCUCCUACUUACAUAUGAAGUUCCUGUUCUUUUCCUGGCUGGCAGUGUUCGUGGGGAGCUGGAUAGUGUAUGUGGAGUACUCAACCUACACAGAGCUAUGUCGUGGGCACGACUGCAAAAAUUCAAUAUGUGACAAAUACAGGAAAGGAAUCAUUGAUGGCUCGGCCUGCAGCAGCCUGUGUGAGAAAGACACGCUUUACCUGGGGAAGUGCUUCACUGCCAAGCCCAACAGCCAGGUUUAUUCAGGGAUCUGGGGAGACCUGGAGGGAGUCAUUAAAUGCCAGAUGGAGGAGGCUCCUCAUUAUGAUUUGGGAAAUGAGAUGGAGCCCAGGAAGGAGGCUGUGGCUUUCGACAAGCCCACCAAGGGCACCUCAGUGGAGAAGUUCAGGGAGAUGAUCCUCAACCACCUAAAGGCUAAAGUGGGGGAUCAGGCCAACCUCGCAGACCUGGCAACCCAAGUAUUGUCUAUUGCAGAUGCCAAUAAGGAUGGUCACAUCUCACUGCCCGAGGCUCGCUCCACGUGGGCUCUGCUGCAGCUCAAUGAGUUCCUGUUAGCAUUAGUCCUACAAGACAGAGAGCACACGCCCAAGUUACUCGGGUUCUGUGGAGACCUGUAUGUGAUGGAGAAGGUGCCAUACUCCCCCCUUUAUGGGAUCAGUCUACCCUGGAUUAUCGAGCUGUGGAUUCCUGCAGGUCUGCGCCGCAGCAUGGACCAGUGGUUCACCCCCUCCUGGCCACACAAAGCCAAGAUCGCCAUCGGACUACUGGAACUGGUCGAGGACGUUUUCCAUGGGACUUUUGGCAGUUUCCUCAUGUGCGACGUAAGCGCCACUAGUUUCGGCUACAACGACCGCCACGACCUGAAGGUGAUGGACGCACGGUACAUCGUCCCCGAGGCCAUUUUCCAAGAGGGAAUUAGGCAGCAGCGCUGCGAUGUGGACGAGGACUGUCUCUACGGGGCUGACUGCCUCACUUCCUGUGACCUCACAAAGCACCGCUGCACACCGGAGGCGACCAGGCCAAACUUAGCCAAAGCCUGCGAAGCACUCAAAGACUAUAUUCUGAGGGGAGCACCAUCUGAUGUGAGCGAGGAGCUUGAGAAGCAGCUGUACGCCUGCAUUGCACUGAAAGGUUCAGCGGAACAGAUGGAAAUAGAACACUCACUCAUUCUGAACAAUCUUAAGACUUUGCUAUGGAAGAAAAUCUCUCAUACAAAAGACUCCUAAUAAGCACACGCUGUACACAGGCACAAAGAGCAGUUCCUGUCCCAUACAGCUUUUAAA